UUUUGGAGUUUGGCGCAUCCCUGCCAUCAUCACUUAACAAAUUAGAGUAUCCCCGCGUGUGUUCUUGACGACAUGGGCAAGUCCAGAGGCGGCAAGUACAGCCACAAGGGCCGUGGGCCUCGGAAAGGUGCCGAAGAGGAGGAGGAUGGCUCUGAGGAGGAGGAGGUCCCGGCUCAGCGCGGUCUCGGUGGGCAGCGAGCCAACGUAGGCAUGCUGCCCCCUAGCGACAGCGAGGAAGAGGAGGGCGAGGCGGGCGCCGCCGCCGCCCCCGCCGCCGCCAAGCCCGCGGCCGCCGAGGCGAAGCCCGAGGGCGGCCAGAGCAAGACCGCGGGCAAGAUGCCGCCCAGUGACAGCGAGGAGGAGGAUGACGACGACGACAGCGACAGCGAUGACGACCCCACGCCCGAGUACCUGCGCGCCGCACCCCCGCGCAAGAAGGCCCCUGUGGAGGAGCCGCGCACUGAGGAGCAGAUCCGCAAGGACCUGGAGCGCCUGGAGCUGAUCAAGAAGAAGCGUGAGGACGACCGGCUGAAGCGGAUAGCCACGGAGGGCUGGGACCGCUAUGCGCCCGUUUCCGACACCAACAGGCCGCCUGGCAGCGUGCCCACGGACCACCCCAGCAAGGCCAAGUGAGGGGGCGGCGUGGCCGCGUAAGCCCCACCCAGCAGUAGCAGCAGCUGCAGGAGGAGCAGUGGCGAGGAGCUGGGGAGGCUGGGCCGUGUCGCAGUAGUCAAGCUGGAUGUGUAGGGGCAGAUGGCGAGCUGCGUCGAGCAAAGCGGGCGGGUGGUGAGUGUCAGUAGGCGUGCGCUGCGGUCGCCGCCGCGGUUGGAGCUUCCUGGCUUGCUUGUUCCCGCCACCGCGAUGUAAUUGUAAGAUGGUAUUGUACUUCGGCGGGGGCGCGGGCUCACUGCUUUGCAGAAUGGCAGGUGCCCGGGUAGCCGUGGCAAGCCCCACAGAGAAUGGAAUACCUGGUGUGCAAAGGCUCCAAGGCUUUACAGUGGGGUGCAAACCGUAAGCUGUUCGAGAUGCAACGCGCAUGGUGAUUGGACGGCCUUUGACAGAUUGCAUGCGCUGACUCCAUUGUAAUUCUUUCGAAGCGGGACUUGUGUCAUGGUCUCAUGGAUGUUUGCCACAGUGCAGACGGGGCGGCAAGCUAUGCCACGUCACGCACCGGCUAGCCGUAGUAGAAGGCCACCCAGGAUGUGGGUCCUCGCCGGAGGAGAGACGUAGGGUGCUGUACCGUAUGGGGCUUAAAGCCGGGGUCUUAAAGCCGGAGCGUGCAUUAAAGCCGGAGCGUGCAUUCUGUGACCGGGGAGCGGGCAGUUACAGAUACCCAGUUGUCGCAUGGCCACGUGGGUGAGAAGCACAAUGCAGGCUGUACAUGCCGCCGCGGAGGGUGUGGCGUCCUCGGGAGAAGCGGUGAUGUCCGCGGCCAGCGGGAAAGGGCGGGAAUCGCCGAAUCGACCACGGGGGGAUGAGCAAGCGAGGCUUCUGGUGCUGCUUUCGUGCUGACUGCAUUCCAGCUUGUAUCUUGAGACGCAACUACAUAUAUUGUAUCAAGGAAACGUAGAUCCACCUGUCAGCUGUCUGGCUGCACUCAUACGAAGUUUGCUUUGUCUCUGCUGUGUGCCGUGUUGCGCUGACAGCGGGCCCAACACAGCCCGAAUGAACAGUUACGGUCGUGGAAGAGGCAACUGAGGGUAAAGGCGCGGUAUGCCGCAGUGCACGCACCGCUUGGUGUUCGACACCGACCUGACAGGGCAGCCACUGCGCCGAGUCAACCGGUUGACUGGCCAGCAUUGCGCCGCCUGAGCCCCGUAAACGGCAGCAGUGCACAAUGUAAACGCCAUCAGAG